GCGCGGCCGCGGCAGCAGCGGGACAAGUGCAGAGCUGCCCCUGCACAGCCCUCGCCUGCCCGCUGCGCUCUGCCCUGCGCUCAGCCAGCCCGGCUGCGCCUGCACCGCCUCACUGCGCCAGCCCGGCAUGGGACAGAAGAAUUGCAAACCCCAGCCCGGGGACCUGAUCGAGAUCGUCCGGCCAGGUUACCAGCACUGGGCCCUCUAUGUGGGAGAUGGAUAUGUCAUCCAUCUGACAGGCGAUGGAGCCUCAUUCAGGUUGUUCAGCGCCUCAGCAAGUGGUGGCACAAGAGCGAAGGUGAAGAAAGAGCACCUGAAGGAUGUGGUGGGAUAUCUAAAAUGGCGUGUCAACAACAAGUAUGAUUGUUACUGCACUCCUUUCCCUGUGAAGGUGAUCAUCCGGCGUGCCGAGCUAUGCAUUGACAAGGAGCUGCGAUAUGAUGUGCUUCGCAUGAACUGUGAGCACUUUGUGACAAUGCUUCGCUACGGUGAAGCACUCUGUGAGCAGGUCAAAAAUGCGAUUCUUAACGGUGAAAUAGUUGCAGGAAUUGCUAUCCUUGCUGUUGGUGUUAUUCCACCUUUUAAUGCCUUUCUUGCUGCUUGUGGUGCUGUUGUUACUGGUCUUGCUGCUGGUUUUCGUGGCGUUGGUGUUGUUGUUCAGAAGGCAUUGUCCCAGGGCAAAUCCAAGCGGUCAUACCACUGAUGGGCUGUCAGAGCAAGGCAGGGAGAGCUCCUGGCCACAGUGGUCACGGCUCAGCUUUUGCUACACACUCCAUUGCUGCUAUGAGACACGAAAUAAAAGGACACGUACAUGCAACUCUCCAAGGUAAAAAAGAGGGUGUUUAAUUUCUGACUCCAACUUUUAUAGAUUUCCAAAAGUGACAUUCCAAUGACACUGGACAAACCAACAGUCCAUCAAAUUUCUCCUACUCCAUUAAAGAAUGCAGAACAAUAAUUUAUUGGCAUAAAGUGCUGGAGAAAGUCUGUUGCAAGAAUGUAAACAUCAGAUGGCUUAGAAAAACUACCAAAAACAGGGCAAAACACCAUCAAGGGUUCCUAGCAACUAUGCCACCCUUGCUGUAAACAUUAAAUAAGCCUUCAUAAAAUGCCUGAAAUCUGCACUCAUAUUUCCUUGAAAUUCUCAUUUAUCUUUUUGAGCAUAGCUUUGUUUGCAAGUUUGCAAGUUAAAAAAUUCAGCCUUGCUUCUCCCUGCCAUCCCAGUAAGGAAUAGCAAGUCAAAAUUGUCACCAUUCAAGAUGAUCCUCAGCACCUCAAGCCUGCUUUGACCAUGAGUUUUUAUUUUAUUGUGUGUGAUGGUUUUUGUGGUAAUCUGGGAGAAAUUGUAAGCAAGUUAUCCAUUCCUUCCCCAUCCCACACACCUCCCCUCGAGUGCUUUGCUGAGUGCUGCUGCAGACUUUUCUUCCUGAUUUGAUCAUCUAGCUCAUCGAGGCUCGUUUUGUGUAUCACUGCAAUAAAAAGGACUGCUGAGGUUUGA